AUCCCGCACGGGAGCGGCACGGGGCGGGCAAGCGCCAGCGGAGCCGAGCGGAGCGCUGUCAGCGGGGGAGAGAUGGCCUCGGUGGGUCCCUCCGCAGCCUCCACGCAGCCCGCCCUGCCCUCCGGACCCGCCGUCUUCAAAACCAUCCCCUACGCCUUCAUCCUGCCGGAGAUCGUCUGUGGGACCUGGGUGUGGAUCCUCGUCGCUGCUACCUCCGUCUCCUUGCCGCUGCUGCAGGGAUGGGUGAUGUACGUGUCCAUCACCUCCUGCCUCAUCUCCCUGCUGCUCCUCUUAAGCUACCUCCUCGGCUUCCACAGGAACAGUGAGAACUGGAAAGUGCUGGACAGUUUGUACCAUGGUGCCACGGCCAUUCUGUACAUGAGCGCCGCUGUCCUGCAGGCCAACGCCACCAUCAACUCUGAGUUCGGCGUCAACGCGCCCCUCAACUACCAACUCAACAGCGCUGCAUCGUUCUUCGCCUUCCUCACGGCCUUCCUGUACAUCCUCCACGCCUUCAGCAUCUACUACCAGUGAUCCUGGCAGCACCAGAUUCACCUUGACAGGAUGAGGGCUUUCCCAGUGUGAGAGACCCUGCUGUUGUCCCAAGGCGUGCCUGCUCCAGCCCAGUCACCAGGCCUCAGGAACAGCAAGUCCUUUUGCACUUCAUCACAGGAGGGAUUUUGCUGGAAAACGUUGGUGUGCCUGUGGGACAUUUCCUGCCUUACCUGGGGGAGGGACUUGCAAGGGGAGGGACUGGGUUCAGGCCCCAAGCCUCCAAUACCGACAUUCUGCCAAAUAUUGACAACCAUGGGAAGAGAAAAAAAAAAAAAAUCACUGUUCCUUCAGCAAACAAUCUCCUUUCUUAUGUAAUCUGCCUUUCUCCAGUUCAACUCCAUCCCUCCCCAACACAAGUUCAUAACAAAGAUACACGAUUGUGUUCCCUGAUUUUCAGAUGGUUUCAUUUGGUAAAUGCUGUAUUUGGAAUAAAGUGUCAACGGGCA